GUUGUGGGAUAAUCCUAAUGGUCCCUCCCUUUCCUCUGCCACAUCCACUGAGAAGACGAACCAGCGAGUAUCAGGAAGACCGUGUUAUGUUUGUUGAACCGGUGAGAUUUGCAUCAGUCUUUAUAGCAGCAUCGCUUCUUCUGUAUGUGUUCCGUUAAGCAUAUAUGCAGAUAUGGCUCGGCACACGUUCUUUUCACAUUAUGUACUCAGAAAUGUGCCCAUGAGGACAGCUCUCAUAGUUAUAGCCAUGCUUAUCUUUUUCAAAUAUGUGUUCACGUGCCCUUGCACAACUCGCGAGAUAACUCUCCUGCACUGCUGGCUCUACCUAUGCCUGCCGAUAGGCAUACUGUUCUUCAUAUUGAUCCUCGUCGACGCUCAGCUCCUGAAGAUCUGCAGAUGUUAUGUUUGCAGAUGUUGCGUCAGCGGCCAGAGCAGAUGCUGUGAGAGCGAGUGCUGCGAUACUUUUGAAUGCUGCUGUUGUGCUGCUGGUUACUGUUAUCACCCAGAACGCUGUGGACAGGAAGGAUGGUAUUACUGUGGCAUUAUAUGGAAGCACCUAUAUAAUGUCUUUUAUGCGGGAUCGCUGUGGAUAGUCGUUGCAUUUAUUGAUGGGGAUUGGUACGUUUGCAUGCGGACCGUUAACGUGAACGGUACCGGGGAGCAAAUUGCGUGCAAGGAUCUACCAACUCCAGGAGAAGCAGAGACUCUGAGAAAAUUUGACAGUGAAUCACGGGUAAUUGGCCUAAUUCUUAUUCUUGGCCUUUCAUUUUUGUUGACGAUAAGCUCAUCUCUCAUGACCCGAUGGAAGCCGUAUUAUAAAUCACUCUAUGAAGUUUAUCUGGAGCGGGAGACAUCAGCCAUUCUGGAGGAGAGACUGCAUGAAAAAGCAGUGGACAGAGCCAAGCAUGUCAGUGAGAUUUCACUGAGAAACAUUCAAAAUCCACACAUGAACACCACUCAGGAUGAUGCUUGUCAUGUUCAGUAUCAACAGUUAGGGAACAAUGAAAAAGACGUGUGGCAUCAAAUAUCAGACCCAGCCCUACAUUUAACAGAGUUGCCAUAGGCAAUGUCAAUUUUGUGCCUACUAUCUGCAUCUUGCCAAAGUAAUGGUGCAUCACUGUACACAUUUAUUUGCAUAUUAUAAUAACAAAUAUUUAUUGUGGUGUUUUUUUUUCUUUCUGUUUCAUACUGAGACACAAGCAAACUUAUACAAUACUGUAUUCUAUAUUGCAAAAAAGUGCUAUAGAAAUAUUUAGAGGUUUUAUGAAACUAUAUAUAAAAUACUGAGGUGCUGAGGAGGUUAUUGUUUGAGGUAAUUUGGGGUUUGUAAGAUUUUCUGUUGAAAGGAAUUAUAAUUUUAUUAAGCAUGGAUGCAUUAAAUUGAUAUUGAUGUGUAAAACCUAUAAAGACAUAAUGUUACAAAAGAUUACUAUUUAAAAAAAAAAAAAAAAGAUGUUCUUUUGAAUUUUCUAUUCAUCAAAGAAUCCAGAAAAUAAUGUAUCACAGUUUACACAAUAAAUGUUAA